AUGGAGUAUCUUAAGUUGCAAGACUACAUAGGAGCAAAACUACUGGUGACGGUGAACAAAGAUCGCCUUAUUGUUGGUAACCUUGUAGCGGUGGAUUGCAGUUGCAAUCUUUUGCUGGACGGUGUCGAAGAGACCACACGCCAUUGCAAACGACGCCUUGGAUUGGUGAGUGUGCCCGGCUCUACUAUUGACAGUGUUGAGCUUGACAAACACGAAAUCGACAAAAUGAUUGCUAGAAGACAUGCCAUCUUGCAAGACGUUGUGUAG